CUGUGUCGUGAGGUAAAUUGAUUAAAAUUGCUUUAAUGAUUUACCUGUGGCAAUUCUCAUGCUAUCUGCAGUGCUAUAAAAGAUCUUGCUUGAUCUUUUUGGGAAGAAAGUUGUUUGCAGUGAGUCAACAGUGGACAAAAUGAAGUUGAAUAUUUUCUUGUGCCUCAGUCUUAUCAUUGUUUUGUGUGCUUCCGAGGAUAAAUACACCAGCAAGUACGAUGAUAUUGAUAUUGAAGACAUUUUGAGCAACGACCGAAUUCUCAAUAAUUACGUAAAGUGCUUGGUGAAUGAGGGACCAUGCACUCCAGACGCAAGGGAACUUAAAAAUCUCCUCCCGGAAGCUCUGGAAUCGGACUGUGCUAAAUGUACGGAGAAACAGAGAAUUGGAACUCAAAUAGUUCUUGAGUAUCUCAUAGAAAAUCGUCCUGAUGAUUGGGAAUGUUUGGAGAAAGUCUAUGAUUAUGCCGGAGUCUACAAAGACAAGUAUUUGUCCAACAAAACCACAACAAUCACACCUUAGGAGUUUCACAAAAUUUAUUUCUGUGAUUUAAAAAAUCCAAAAUAAAAAAAUCGCAAAAUCCUGAUAAAA